UUCCUCCCUCUGACCGACACAAACACUGUGAGCUGCUGAGAUUAACAACCAGUAGAAAUGUAUUGUUGUAAUUUGGCCACAAGAGGAGGCUGUUAACUACCGUGUGAGAAAACAAAAUACGUGUCUAGUCAUUUGCAGAUUUUAACAAGUAGAGGUCUCUCUUCUACUUCCAGUGUUUACAACAAAGAAACACAACAUAGGCAAAUGCAAGUGGCAGCCAACACAGCGGGUCUUUGCUGGUGCAGUGUGAGGAGAAAAUUGGUCAUUGUGAGAAGGGUAUGCUGGAUCUGACCCUGGCUACAACCAGACAUGCGAGUGUGAAAUCCAGUUGAAAGGGUCGCACGGCUGAAGCUGCAAUAUACAGUAAAGAUGCUCAUCUUUCAGCAACACACUAGUAAGAAUCCGAAACAGGUUCAUGAGUAUGAGAAAGUAUUGCAGAGUGGCAGGCAGGGGACUGCGCCCAGUCAUGGCGGACCACAGAAACAAGAUCCGACGAGCCACACAGCAGGAGAGGAAGGUGAGAGCAUCUACCAUUUUGAAAUUCAACUCCUCUUAUUGUUCGUUGAAAGAGUUUGGCGGAACAAAACAGUGACAGUAAACAAGAUACGUCUUAUAAUUCAGCAUUUAAACGCAAAAAGGGACCAGGAUGAACAAAAAGGAGGUAUCACUUAAAACGCAUCAGAUGGACGAAAGCAGACAGAAAGACUCUGCGUAUACUUAUAAAUGUAGUCUGAAGCUGUUCAGGUCAAAUUUAGUUUCAAGUGGUGUGAUCAAAGAAAUCCAGCUGAGCUCUUGCUGAAAAGGAAACGCUCCUUUUACGUUACAUAUGAUAGAACAACUGGAAAUGGGGAAAAGUUAUCAAAACAGUUUUUUCGGUUCAAAUGUUCAGAAUUUAUUGUACAUGAAAUCAGAAUUGUGAAAGUAAAUGUACAGAUGUGUCCUCAAUCAAAGAGCGCUUCAAAUCCCAUUAGUCAGAACAUCUGAGGAAAAAGAUACGUUCAGGGACUAUCAUGGAGGAGCUUUGAGGCCAGGCUUGUUGAAAUCAAAGGCCUGAGAGCUGAAAUAAUUUUCUGUCCUUAUCAUUCUGAGGAAAAUAAAUGUGGUCAGUAAAUGUUCGGCUUGGAAAAGGACAACAGCCAAUGCAGCAUGUUCAAGCUGCCCCCCUACUGGGCGGCCCAUGAGCCUGUCGAUAUGGUGGUUUGAUGUUGGAUGGAAAAUAAGAACCCCCCACAACAAACAGAGAGAGGGCUGGAACAGAGAGACUGGAACAGAGGAAGAGAGGGUAGAAAGGGAAGAACCAUCGACAGAUGGACUCUGUUGUGAUUAAAGAUGGCGGCAGUCUUUACUGCAGACUACGAAGGACUAUACUCGAUCCAUAGAAAAGCGGUGGGAGUAGUCUACGAUUCAGCACAACAAAACCGAAAACCACACAGAAAGGAACAAAUGGAUGGAAAAGACAAACUAUUAUGGCGACAUUCUGCUUUUGCCAGGCCUUUCCAUUUCAUGGGGGUGAGAGGGAUGUUACCAUUACUGCAGCCCAACGUGUUAAAUAACCGCGCAAUGGAUUCCUCAUUAAAUGGACGUACUGCUGGAGGACGCACAAGGAAGGCAUUCAAACUCAAGGAGUUUUUUUGCAGUGGCGUAAAUAGAGGUCUGGAUCUAAUAGUUGUGCAGUGUGGGCUCUGGGACUAUGAGCAUAAGCAACAAAGGAGGCUACUUAGUGGACCUGGGAGGCAGCUUCACUGAGGAUGCUCCCAGACCUCCAGUCCCUGGUGAAGAAGGUGAGCUGGUGUGCAGUGAUGGACGUCAGUACAGCAACCUUGGCUUUUCCUCAAAGAAUGAAAGCCUCAAAUGUGAGGCAUCCGUUGCUACACCCAGGAGACCUGACUUGGACCUGGGUUAUGAGCCGGAGGGCAGCGCUUCCCCGACACCACCUUACUUAAAGUGGGCAGAAUCUCUACACUCCCUCCUGGAUGACCAGGAUGGCAUCCAUCUGUUUAGGACGUUCCUCAAGCAGGAGGGCUGUGCAGACAUGUUGGACUUUUGGUUUGCAUGCAGCGGCUUCCGCAAACUUGAAGCUAACGAGGGUAAUGAGGAGAAGAAAGUAAAACUGGCAAAAGCUAUCUAUAAGAAAUAUAUCCUGGACAACAAUGGGAUUGUUUCCAGACAGAUCAAACCAGCCACUAAGUCCUUCAUCAAAGACUGCGUCAUGAAGCUUCACAUUGAUCCUGCAAUGUUUGACCAGGCUCAGACUGAGAUACAGACUAUGAUGGAGGAGAACACCUACCCUUUAUUCCUUAAGUCUGACAUUUAUUUGGAACAUACGCGUACAGGAGGAGAGAGUCCUAAGCUGUACAGCGAUCAGAGCUCUGUUUCUGGGACUGGAAAGGGACUGACGGGUUAUUUGCCAACUUUAAAUGAAGAUGAGGAAUGGAGAUGUGACCAAGAGCCAGAGGAGCAGACCGAGUGUGACCCCACGCCGAGCAACCGGCUCACUCAGAAGCUGCUAAUGGAGACGGCACCACAGCGAGUUGCCAGCAGCGCAAGAUUCCAGGACAGUCACGAGUACAGGCAUGCGCCGUGCCGGGAGCCCAUCAACCCGUACUAUGUUAACACCGGUUAUGCUAUGGCUCCUGCCACCAGUGCCAACGAUAGCGAGCAGCAGAGUAUGUCCAGCGACGCAGAGACACUUUCCCUUACCGACAGCAGUGUAGAUGGAGUUCCACCUCACAGAUACCACAAACAGCAUCGCCGGGAGAUGCACGAAAGUGCCAAAGCAAAUGGGCGAGUGCCACUACCUCAUAUUCCACGCACAAACCGGAUUCCGAAGGACAUACACGUGGAACCGGAAAGGUUUGCUGCAGAGCUGAUCAGCAGACUGGAGGGGGUGGUGAGGGAGAGAGAGGCUCAGGAGAAACUAGAGGAGCGACUGAAGAGAGUACGACUGGAAGAAGAAGGUGAUGAAGUCAGCAUGUCCACAGCCACAUCAUUGUCCAGUCACAGGUUCCCCUCUGGUGCUUAUCUGCAGAAUUACAACUCCACCUACGCUGACAGCACCUACAGUGGUCCUUUUCUGAAAGAUGCUCAUGAGGAGAACCCUGAGAGCAUCCUGGACGACCACGUCCAGCGUGUCAUGAAGACUCCAGGCUGCCAGUCACCAGGGACAGGCCGCCAUUCUCCCAAGUCACGCUCACCAGACGGUUUCCCAGGGGGCAAAGGGACAGGACUUGGAAUGGCGCUGCCCUCUAGUCAGGGUAAACAUCCAUCCAGGCACGGUCUCAAGGGAGAGACCAGCCACCUGUACCACCACAAACAUGUCCACCACAUCCAUCAUGCAGGUGUUGGGAAGCCUAAAGAGCAGGUGGAGGCUGAGGGAGCCAUGCGUGUGCAUGGCAGCUUCCCCUGGGGCAUGGAGACAAGUCAUUACGGAUCAAAGUCUCGCACCUACGCUGAUGGCAUGGGAUCCAACCCCAUGGAGCAUCCGAGUUAUGGAAGCAAAGGUGGUACACAGUGUAAAAGAGCAUUUAAGAAAGGUGAAGAAGUGCGGCCUUAUGACAUGCCAGGGCCAGCAGAGGAGAUGGAGAAAAAACAGAAGAUCCUUUUGUGGCUGAUGGAAGGACAGAAAGAAAUGGUUCGGCAUAAGAAGAGCCCAUACGGAAGUACCACUGGGUCCAAGAAGAUUGCAGGCCAUGAGGGAUCCCGUCUCAGCUCAGCAGAGCGAUCAGGGUCGGUGCACCCGUGCGUCAGCGCUCAGCUGCGGAACAACGUGCAGCCUUCUCAUCCGUUCAUCCAGGAUCCCACGAUGCCCCCUAACCCAGCUCCCAGUCCCCUCAUCCAGCUGGAGGAGGUUUGCCGGCGGCUUGAGGAGGAGCAAAUUAAGUCUGGAACUUUACAACCCAAACAGAGGUAUGUGAUGGAGGUGAUCCAGAGGGGUCGCACCGCAGUCAGGCCUGCACUGUUCCCUCCGCUCAGCGUGGUGCCCGCCGUUUCUGACAGCGAGCUCUCCGAGCCCGAACACAAAGCCACUAAAAAGCAGCCAUGUGAAAACAUUGUUGUGGCGUAUUACUUCUGUGGAGAGCCGAUUCCAUACCGGACAUCUGUCAAAGGGAGGGUUGUCACUCUGGGCCAGUUUAAAGAACUGCUAACAAAGAAAGGAAAUUACAGGUAUUAUUUCAAGAAGGUAAGCGAUGAGUUUGACUGUGGGGUGGUGUUCGAAGAGGUUCGUGAAGAUGACGCCAUUUUGCCCAUCUUCGAGGAGAAGAUUAUCGGGAAAGUUGAAAAGAUUGAUUGAAGUGCAUGUUGAAGAGGAAGGAGUAGAGAAGUCAGCGUAUGAUGGAGCAACUGGAUGGUGAAGAGGAAGUGUUUUUUAGGAUUGAGAGAAGAAAAGUGGAAAAGCAAAGCAGUGACUCGUGACUUUUGAGGCUCGAGAGGCCUUCUGGUGUGUUUGGCACCGCUGCAGUGACGUCGGACUAGAAGAAAAGACCUCACUCACUCUGGAGUGUAAUGUAGCAUUGUAAAAUUUACUAGAUAAAUGAAGAACAAAAGUGCUACUAAAGCUACAUAUUUUUGAUAUGAUGCAUCAUUCUAAAGUAACCACACUUGUAAUUUUUAUAUGUAUUGGUACCAGAUGUGUACAGUUUGUGUUAAAAGAUAACAAAAUUUUAUAUCUAUUUAAGUAUUUAAAAUGCUAAUUUUCAAUUCUAUUGAAGCAGGAGUGUUGCCCCUGUUGAAGACGAUCAAAAUCCUUUACAGGGCUGAUUUUUGUUUGUUUUUUUACUUGUUCAAUGUAAGAGUCCUUUGGGACUCUGUUGUCUGCUUUUUUAAAGUGCUUUCAAUAUUUCACUUACCAGUACUUAAUUUUGUGGCAUUCAGUCAGGCUGCACUUUCAUUGUAUUAUAUACCACUGACUAUGUCUCAAUGUAGACUGCGACAUUAUUUUCUAAAACACUGAAUGACCAGAAAAAUAGAAAUAUUGUCUACUGCAAUCCACUACAACAGCUCAGAAAUACUUGAAAUACUUGUAAGGAGCUUGUGGUCAUUUUUUGACGCUGCUCAAAUGUAUGGUGUUUUUUUUUUGUUUUUUUUUUAAGGCUUGUAGUUUGUGGUGGUGGUGUAUUUGUCUCAAAACACAAAAUUCUAGAAACAGUUUAAGUAUAAUGUAAUCUAAUACAACAUCACCACAAACUGCAGGCGUAAAAAUUACCAUAAUUCUGAGUCAGAUCCCCUCAAGUCUCAAAAAAAAGUCGUGACACAGAGUAGUUUUUUUUAUUAUUUUUUUAAUCACAGUGCUGUUUUAUUGGAUUGCAUUACUACAUAUUGUUUUUUUAUUUCUGGUCACUGAGCGUAUACUCAAAUGUAGCCGAUGGCUAUGUUUACGUACAGUCUUCUCCUAAUUUAUUUUUACCCAACCCAGUUGAAGUUUUAAGACGAUUGCCUUGGACCAACACUGUAGAUGGUGCAAUAAUACUGUCAGAAUUAUAUGAUUGGAUAUCGCAAGUUGAGUGUCUAUGCAAGUUGGUUUAAAUUGUGUCGCCCUAAUCAACAAACUGUGUGUUUGUUUAGAUGAUGCUUCAGUUAAUUAAUAAGGCUGAAAUUUCAGUUGUUUUGAGGCUACUCUAAAUCAAAUCUGGUGAUUAAUCCUGAUUGUUAAUGAAAAAUGGCACAUUAUUUAAAAUAGUCAGUGCCCAAAUUUUUUUUUUUUUUUUUUAAAAUGUCUCUUUUUACUUUUCUUUCAAUAAUUUCCAGUUUUACACUGAAAAACACUGUUUGGGUUCAGUAUCUUAAGUCAAGCACUGCUUUCUGCAUAAGAGGUCAGUGUUGUUCAUCAUACAGGGCGCUCAGGUUAGAGCAGUUUUCCUAUCUGUAGACUUGCACACUCAUGGUUGUUCUUUCUUUGCAAAGAGGUCAUAUCACAGCAUUUGAAUGAAAAGGGCCAGUGAAUGUCAUCAGGACGCUAUCAAAGGUGAAGGUCACAUGUAGUCAUUUUUAAACAUACUGUAAGUGCUUUACCAUUUUACAGUCAGUGCAGGAAAGGGUUCAGCCUAAUUAGAUUCUCCUGAAGUUAUGUAACCACAUAGAUUUUAUAUAAAGAGGGCUAAUAGACAAUUAAAAUGCCGCUAUCAUGUUUACAUCAUUACAAGCUUCAUAGUUCAUUCACAUUGGAUUGUUUCUGUGAUCCCCAAGACUUACUAUCCUAAAUCCUUUAACACUGCAUAGUUGAGUGAUAAGUUAAGAAGAGGAGGCACCAAGAACUGAUCUCUAUUCUGUAGCCUUCUCUGUUCUUAUCACAGCUACAUAUUGUGACUGGCAGGAAUGAGUUAUUCAGUGUGAAUGAUCUACUUUUGAUAGAUCACGUUACACCAAAGAGAAAAAAUAAGUAGGUACGCUCGUAAAUUACCCCUUUACAUUUAUACUUGUCCUCAUAUUGUGGCAGCAUUAUUUGAUAUCAUUGUUAUACAAAUUUUAUGUUAAAAUGUUUUCUGCAGUGGACAAGGUGGUAGUUUCAGGAUGCAGCACACAAGUAUGAAAAUAUCAACAUUUGGAUGGAACAGUUCCUACAACUCACAGGACUUUAAAAUGUUAUUAAUGCAAUCCUGAAAAGUGUCAGUCAAUUUAAAUUUGCUGGCUCCUCUAUUUGGCAAUGUAAGUGACUCUCUUGCACUCAAAUAGCACACAAAAUAAACCUGAAAACGACGGCACGGAGUCAGCCAGAAAAGCUACAUGAUAUUAAAGGUGCAGUGUUUAGGAUUUAAUGGCAUCUAGCAGUGAGGUCGCAGAUUGCAAGGUCCUGGAGCCAGUUUUUGGUUUGUCCGUUCUGGGCUACUGUAGAAACAUGGUGGGCUCUGUGGAAGAGGACCUGCUCCUUAUGUAGAUAUAAAGGGCUCAUUCUGAGGUAACGAAAAUACAACGAUUCUUAGUUUCAGGUGAUUAUACACUAAUUAAAACAUACUUAUGAAUAUUAUAUUCCAUAUCUGCCAAGGCCGU